CCACAGGCUGGGCCAGUGGUGCCUUCAUGGCUGUGGGGGGGGCAGAGGGAGUGAGGACUAUGGGGGACCCAGGCCCCGAGUGAGGCCGCUGGCUAGAGCAAGCCUGAGCCUGACUGCUCCCCGCAGCACCCCCGAGGGCCCUGGGUCCCCUGCCCUAGCCACACCUGAGGUGGACGGGGGGCCUGAGGUCCGAGUCUCUGCUGGGGACCCCAGGACUGCCUGGCAGGUUGGGGGGCAGAUCCCCAGCAGGGCAGAGGCAGGUGACGCCCUCCGGGAAGUGACCCCUGGAGCCCGUGGGGACACUUAGAGAUUGUGCCAAACAAUGGACAAAGGAGCUGUGGUUUCCGGGGCCCGCACCCCUCCCGCCGGCCAGCCUGCCCAUCUGGUGAGCAGGCCGCAGGGCUGGGCUAUAAAGCCGGGCCCGCGGGCGCUCAGACACGGUCAGGACCAGAGACAGGCAUGGGGAUGCAGUCCGUCCUGCUGGGCCGGGUCCUGGUGCUGCUCUGGGUGUCCACAGCUUGGGCUGAUGUCCUGGUGCAGCCAGAUUUUGAUGCCAAGAAGUUCUCAGGCCUCUGGUACGUGGUCGCCAUGGCCUCCGACUGCAAGGUCUUCCUGGACAAGAAGGACCACCUGCUGAUGUCCACCAGCACCGUGGCCGCUGAGGCCGGGGGCAACCUCAGCGUCCACAUGGCGUUCCCCUGGGGUGACGGCUGCAACCGGGUGGACGCCGAGUUCCUAAAGGUGGGCAUGGAGGGACACUUCCGAGUCCCAGACAUGGGCUACCUGGACCUGCGCAUCGCGAACACGGACUACUGCUCCUUCGCCGUGGUCUACAUCUACAAGGAGCUGGAGGGGGCGCUCAGCACCAUGGUGCAGCUCUACAGCCGGACCCAGGAAGCCAGUCCCCAGGCCCUGAAGGCCUUCCAGGACUUCUACCCGACCGUGGGGCUCCCGGACGACAUGGUGGCCAUGCUGCCCAAGUCAGAUGCGUGUUCCCCGGGGGGCGCGGAGGCACCCUGACACCCCUGCAGACUCACCUGGCCCCUUCCCAGGCCGAGGCCGGGGCAAGCGGAGCAGCGGGCCUCACUCGUCACCCCCCGCCUUCCAGACCCCGGUCCUGCCCACCCCCUCCUGCUCACCCCCAUCCCGUGGGACGUCUUCCUGGGCCCCUUUCCCCCCCAAUAAACUUAUUUUACAG